ACCUAGUUACCUGCUGGUUGAGGUCAGCGCCGGUUUGCAGCUGCCAGAGAAGAAAGUACGCAAGGCCGCCACCUGCCGCUAAGUGGACAGGCGACUGCUCCCAGGAAUCCGGGGGUGCGUUGACCGAGGUCCCCGUCUCCAGCAAAUGCUUCAGACUAUCCACCUGCGGGAAGAGAACAGAUCCAGAACCUCUCUCGCCUUGCGCAGCCUGCGCCCUCUCCGGGUUGAAACCCCUUCCCGACUCCAAACCCAGCUCUGAGGAGGCUUGACAAGGCAGCGCCCAGUGGUCAGUCCACGGUCACCCUCCUAGGGCUCCCGAAAAGAGACAUCUGGAAGCUUUAGCCCCAAGGACCAAAAGGGCACGAGUCUCACCUCCGCGUUGCACUCAAGCAACAGCAUUUCCCGGCUAAAGCAGAUGACAAGCGUCUCUGGAAGUGCAGAGUGGUGGGACACUCGCUGCAGGCCGGCAGACUAUCUCCAACUCUUCUUUUAAGCCACAGCAACAAAAACCAUGGGCAGUGUGAUACCCACAAAGGGCAAUGUGAGUUUCUGUGAGGAUACACAUUGUGGAAACAGGAUGAAGUUGACCAGUGAAAAGUUGCCCAAGAACCCCUCUAUAUCCCAGUAUGUUGCUAAGAACCAAAAAUUCCUCCAAUGGAGAAAGGAAAAGACUGAUUGCUACAGCCAUGCUAAUUUGGUGGACAAAGCAUUGCAGCUCUUGAAGGAAAGAAUAAGAAGAGGGGACACUCUGGCAUAUUUCCUACGAGGUCAACUAUAUUUUGAAGAGGGAUGGUAUGAAGAAGCAUUAGAACAGUUUGAAGAAAUCAAAGAAAAAGAUCAUCAAGCCAUUUACCAGCUGGGAGUGAUGUAUUAUGAUGGGCUGGGGACUAAUGCAGAUGCCGAAAAAGGAGUGAACUAUAUGAAGAAAAUUUUUGAUGCUCCAUGUCCCAAAGCAAGACACUUAAAAUUUGCAGCUGCUUACAAUCUUGGAAGAGCUUAUUAUGAAGGAAAAGGUGUUAAGCGAUCAGAUGAGGAAGCUGAAAGACUGUGGCUUUUUGCUGCAGACAAUGGAAAUCCAAAAGCCAGUGUGAAGGCUCAAGGUAUCCUCGGAUUGUAUUAUUCAACAAAAGAGCCUAAAGAGCUAGAAAAGGCAUUUUAUUGGCAUUCAGAAGCGUGUGGCAAUGGAAAUCUGGAGUCCCAGGGUGCACUUGGUCUCAUGUACUUUUAUGGACAAGGCAUCUGCCAGGAUACCGAAGCUGCCCUGCAUUGCUUAAGAGAAGCAGCAGAACGUGGAAAUGUCUAUGCUCAAGGGAAUCUUGUGGAAUAUUAUUAUAAGAUGAAAUUUUUUACAAAGUGUGUUGCGUUUUCCAAAAGGAUUGCGGAUUAUGACGAGGUUCAUGACAUUCCCAUGAUAGCCCAAGUCACAGACUGUCUGCCGGAGUUUAUCAACAGAGGCAUGGCCAUGGCGUCUUUCUACCAUGCGAGAUGUCUUCAGCUUGGCUUGGGCAUCACAAAGGAUGAAGCAACAGCUAAACAGUAUUACUCUAAAGCCUGUCGUCUGAAUCCUGCAGUGGCAGAAGAACUUCACUCCUUACUUAUUUGUCAAAGAAUUUAGACCACAGUGCAUUUCAACAAAGAUCAUCAAUCCUAACACCAUACAAUGUGUGUGUUGUUACAGCAGCUAUGUUUGGUUAUUUUCUGCAUCCCAAGUCACAUUAUCCUGGGUAUUUUACAGGUGACAUGUUUGUUACCUUUGUUCUUGAAUUUGUAUGCUGUAAUUUAUCCAACUUGAAGCCCAGACAUAGGAUCAAAUUGCUGGAAGAGUCCUCAAAGGUCUGCCUCUUAGCCUACAGACUGGCCAAGACCGUAGGAAAUACUGAAACCAUUUCAUAAAGCCAAGUAUUUUUUUCCUUUCUUAAAUACUGUCUGAAAAGACUUAGUGUAGUUUUAGUUUAGUAAGUUCAGAAGUAGAAAUACUACAAACUUAUUUAAAACCAUCAUUUGAAAGUUUAAUUCUUUAACUUUCUUUGGCCCUUACUAGUUUUAUGAAUUUUCAGUAACAAAAUUUUACAUUAUUUGUUUG